GAUCUUAGGCCCUGGAUUCUCGGGUUAAGUUUAGUGGAAGGCUGUCUUUGAGCUCUGCUGUGCCCUAUGGGUUGAUUUUUUGCAGAUAAGUGGUUCUGCUUCUUUAUUUGAUGAGAAGUAAAGAUUGGAUUUUUAAUUUUUGAUUUUGGUUUUGACUGCUGGGUUUGUUUUUAUUUGGUGAUUUUGGAGGUGGGAUUUUUGUGGGUAUGUGUGUUUGGUAUUUUAGUCUGUGAAAUUUGUGGUUUUUAUCUUGUUUGUUUGGUUUGAUGUGAUGAGAUUAUUGGGUUUUUUGUACAAGUAUUUGUGGAAGUUAGUUUGAUUUGUGGAAAUGCCUUGGUAGUGAAAAACAAGAAGUGGGUGUGCUUGGUUUUGCGGUAUUGUGUUGAUGGAACGUAGAUGAAUUGUUUAAGAAGUUGAUGUGAUGAGAUUAUUGGGUUUUUUGUACAAGUAUUUGUGGAAGUUAGUUUGAUUUGUGGAAAUGCUUUGGUAGUGAAAAACAAGAAGUGGGUGUGCUUGGUUUUGCGGUAUUGUGUUGAUGGAACGUAGAUGAAUUGUUUAAGAAGAAGCUAGAAAUGCAUGUGCACUAGGGUUUUUAUUGGAAAUGGAUUCUUGGUUGUGAUCUAAUUAGACUGAUUAAUCAAACAAUGGAAGGAAAUUUAUCACAAGGAGGCAUGAUUCCAGGUGGGGCCUCUUUUGGGGGUCUUGACUUGCAAGGAUCAAUGAGAGUUCAUCAUCAAGCUCAACAUCAUCCACACACCUUACACCAACAUCACCAUCCUAUUCCUCACCAAGGGUCUUCGGUUCGUCCCUCGAUUCAAGAGGGAUUUCCUCUCACAAUUGGGACCAUGCAAAGUUGUGAUCAAACAAUAUCAAUGGCUGAUUACAAUAAAGGAGAAAGAGGAAAAAAUUCGGUGAGUGAUGAUGAAGAUCCGAGCUUUACUGAAGAUGGUGGUGAAGGUCAUAAUGAUGCAACUAAAGGGAAGAAAGGGUCACCCUGGCAGCGUGUAAAGUGGACUGAUAAGAUGGUUAGACUUUUGAUUACUGCCGUGUCUUAUAUAGGUGAGGAUACGGGCUUGGAUUGUGGUGGUGGUGCUAGAAGGAAGUUUGCAGUUUUACAGAAAAAGGGUAAAUGGAAAUCGGUGUCAAAGGUCAUGGCUGAGAGGGGUUUUAAUGUCUCCCCUCAGCAAUGUGAGGAUAAGUUCAAUGACCUCAAUAAAAGGUAUAAGAGGCUUAAUGAUAUGCUUGGAAGAGGCACAUCUUGCCAGGUUGUUGAGAAUCCUCAUCUGUUGGAUGUCAUAGACUACUUAAACGAGAAAGAGAAGGAUGAUGUUAGGAAAAUAUUAAACUCCAAACAUCUAUUUUAUGAAGAGAUGUGUUCUUACCAUAAUGGGAAUAGAUUACAUUUGCCUCAUGAUCCUGCGUUGCAGCGUUCCCUGCAGUUGGCUCUUAGAAAUAGAGAUGACCAUGAAAGUGAUGAUGUGAGGAGGCAUCAACAAGAUCCUGAUGAAGAUGAUCAAGAUAUGGAGACUGAUGAUCAUGAUGAGUUUGAGGAGAAUCAUGUUUCACAUGGGGAUAGCAGGAUGACAUAUGGUGUGCCAGGGAGCUCUUCUAAAAGGCUGAGACAAGGUCCUGGCCAUGAAGAUAGUUGUCUUGGGAAUUCCACGAAUCCUCAUGAGUUCAACAAAAGCUCUUACACCCAUCCACAAGUUGCACAAGCUGAUAUGAAUCAAGUCUUACCUGAAAAUAUGAGAGCAGCUUGGCUACAGAAGCAGUGGAUUGAAUCUCGCACACUUCAGUUAGAAGAACAGAAGUUACAGAUUCAAGUUGAAAUGCUGGAACUGGAGAGACAACGAUUCAAGUGGCAGAGGUUUAGCAAGAAAAGAGAUCGUGAAUUGGAAAAGUCGAAGAUGGAAAAUGAGAGGAUGAAGCUUGAGAAUGAACGCAUGGCAUUGGAGCUGAAGCAAAAGGAAAUGAGUGCUGACUUCAAUUAAUUGACUGGUCAUCACUCUUUGUUCAUAGCAAUUGUGGUAAUUGCAUGUGGUGCACUCAUUUCUGAUAUUGGUAAGCUGCUGUUGAUUUUAACUGGAGUAUCACAUAUUGGAUGGGGAAACCUGGUUGGAAAUCUUCACUCUUCUUGCAUAUAUUGUGUAGAAGUAGGAUUGUGUCAAUACCAAUGGCUAGUUUUCAUGUUUUUACCUUUAGUGAAUUAGUAUGCCUUUGGUUGAAGAAUUUUGUGGUGAGAAUCUUCUUGUUAGACAUUUUAUUUGGGUUAAUAAUCAUUGUAAGUUUGGAUUUUAUGGUAGACUUUUCUUUGCUUUUUUUAAUUAAAUUGUGAU